AUGUACAGAGAACUGCGCAAGGAUCUCAUCGAAACACACACGAAUAAGGUGUACCAACAGCGGCUGAACGUGAUGAAGAAUGGCCAGCCGCUAGAGUAUACCGUCAGCAAAGGUCUAUGGAGGGGUAAGUUGGGGACACUUGGAAAUUCAAAAAUACGCUAUAUAACCGUCAGUGAGCAUGCAUUUGAAGAGAAAUUCUGCGAAGCAUAUUUUUAUGCUAAUGCGUUGUUACAUAGCUCAGCAAAUUUACCAAAACCAGCGAAGUUGAGGAAUGUUAAUCCUGUGGGAUGUGUAAGGAUUUAAGAAAACCGUAAGAUCCAAUUUCGUAGCCGCACCUGUUAAGGGUUAGGGUUAGGAGUUAGGGGUUAGGGUUGGGGGUUGAGGUUAGGGGCUAGGGCAAGGGGCUGGGGUUAGAGUUGGGGGUUAGGGGCUAUGCUUAGUGGCUGUGGUCAGGGUUAAGGUUAGGGAUUAGGGCUAGAGGUUAGUGUUAAACCCCCCACUACCACCGGUCCCGUAUGACAGGCGGCUGGGGCUUGUCUACUGCAGGCGCGGCUACGAAAUAGGAUCCAACCAAGGAAACAUACUACUUUAAUGGAGUCCUGAUGACGAAUCCCCAUAAAAACUUUGGCACGGGCAGCAAAAGCCUCGCAAUUCUGAUAGUACUUCAUUUGACUUUUGAACAUUUGCUGUAACCAAAUAUAAACACAGGCAACGGUAGGGUGAAGGGUUACAUUUACCUCUCGGUAGACAAUGGAUCGUGUCAUACGGGGUUUUGCCUUGACAUCCAUUUGCAGGUCGUUGCAGACGUUACACUGCCAACAACAAUUACUUCACAUGGCCUCAGAAAAUACUGAGACGCCUUUAUUUUUUGAAAAUUUGUUUCGUGAUUAUUUUUUGCUUAACAUGCUCAUUGUCGUUGCGUGACAAAGGCGUGCAAUAAGACCUUCGAUAGAGACCUAAACAGUUUCUGUGUUUUAUUGCAUGUUGUCAGUUUGCUGUCUGGGGCGCUGCCGAACCCCUAGAAACCCCCAUUACCUCCAUUCUCGUAUAGCACGAUCCACAGUAUACCUAAAGUUAAGUGGGGUCUUCGAUCUACAGUUGCCUAAAGAUAUACAGUAGGUGGUCUAACUCAUGAAAUGUCGGCCGAACUUUCGAAAUGUCUUCUCGUUUCGAAAAUAUUAAUUAAGCAUGAUUUUAACAGUAAGCAUCGUCCAGCAUAAUAACAUAAUGAUCCAGUUACCUCAGGGUGUCUUCUUUUGAACGAACUUAUUUUCGACUACACGCCAAAUCGCUACUCUGAAAAAAUGGCUACUUAAGUAGCAUACAAUUUUCUCAUUGAUUUUCGAUGUCCUUGAAAAUUCAAUUAUAUUCCAUGAAAAAAAUGCAUAAAAAUAUACAUUUUUUUAUUUAUUCAGUAGAAAAUUACGUCUUUUUAAUUUUACACUUGACAGAGGAGUAUAAUUCGGUUUCAGAAAGUUUCUAAUUGUGAGCUUUAUUAAUACCGUGAGAUGGCCAUUCAUAAGACGUCAUGCAUCUGCAUUUACCAAUGUGACUUGUAAAGUUAACAAUAUGGAUUAAAUCCACUGCUUAAUUUUAUGAACCCCAUAUAGUCUCCUCUUAAUACCGUAGAGAAAUGUAUGGUUUUCCAUACACGGAAAAUACAGGGCUUGUAGUUUUAAACCCCUGAAUGCAAGUAUAUUUGCAGGUCUGAUUCAGAAUUAUUCGGGAUUUAAAAAAGUAUUUUAAAAUCAAAUUAUACCCUUCCUCGAAAGUCGCAUCGGAAACAUUGCAUGCUACUUAAGUAGCCGUUUUUGCAGAGUAGUGGUCUGGCUGUAGUCGGAAAUAAGUUCAUUCAAAAGCCUACACCCUGAGGUAACUGGACCAUUAUAGAAUUAUGCUGCAUGAUGAUUCGUUUUAUAACCAUACUUAAUUAAUCUUUUCGAAAAGAGAACGUAUUUUGGAAUUUCGGUUGAUAUUUCACGAGUUAGCCCACUUACUGUACUAUGGUAAAGGGACGCUCAAUUAUCAGACUGAGACAUGCUUGUCCAACUGUGCCUUGGGGCCCAAUCUGGGACCUUCGCAGGAGGUAGCAUAGCAAAUAGUAGGAUAUGCGGAGAAGGGGGUCAAGACAGAGGAAAAAGGAGACUUGAGUGGCCAAUUCUGGCAUAGCAGUCAUCGUCAGCCAGCCAUGCCCAAACCCAUGUCUUUGCGUGUGGCCCCUCCAACAUAGUUAGUAUUCCCGACUACAACCGACAGGACGACGGGCCCCUUGCUCAGUGAUAGAGCGUGGACGAAUAAAUGAUCAAUGACCAAAGGACCGGGGUUCCAGUCCCGUUUCAUUCAGGCCUGGGGCUAAGUGGGGCUGGCUGACAACGGUCUCCCUUGUCUUUAUCGGCACUCCCCUUCUCUGGAUAUAUAUGCGGUUUCCACUUUCGUACUGAAACCCACUUUUCUCGAGAAGUAACAAAUUAUGAUAUUUGUUAAAAACAGAAGAUUAUGAAGAAUGUUUUUACGCCAAUCGGGUUUCCCAUAAAACAAGAUUAUUUUUCGGCGAAAAGACCUGGCGCUUUCGUGGAGUGCCGAAUGCUGUUGAUUCUGCUUGAAUGUCUGUUAACUACCUAAUUCGAACAACGGCCCAAGCAAUAUAACCAGAAAAUGAAUGAGUGUUCCAAAUUUCUUUCAUUAUUAUUGUUAGAAAUAUAGUCAGAGUUCACGGACUUAUGAAGACAGCAUGUUAAAUAGUGAGGUUCUGUACCAGACUAAGCAAACGCCUUUUUCUUGAAGUCUUAAAAUUAUACGGUUUUGUAUUUAGAAAACCAGAAGUUAAAGGUCACGCUCUCGGCGGACAAUAAAUUUCUCAUUCUCCGGGAUGGACAGGACGUGGUGACCGAUACUUGUAAGUAUUACGGCGAAAUCUGAUCAUCAGUAAUGCCACGUAAAAAGAAAAGUCAUUCAAGUAAAGGCAGUUUCCUAAGAUGAGAUUGGUGUAAACAUCGGCGAAGUCGAAGUGGACAAAAGUAUGUUUUUAAUUUUUCAUCAUCAGGCCAGUACUGUGGAGUAACAAAGGUUGGAAAAUAACAAGUAAGCAAUAGUAAUGGGGGUUUGAGGGUGUCUAGACAUGCCGUAACAGGGGGGACAGGAUUAUGCUCCAUUUCCAUCAGUAGAGCGAGAGAGGGGCUUGUGUGUCGGCCGAUUAUGUUUGAGUGUCGUCUCUACAGCUCGACGUGUGAGGAUGCGGGUACGGACAUGUGGGAUUCAACCUGGGCCAGCGUAACUUGAGGACUAGAACCCAACACCUUCUGUGAGCACGGGGUUGGUUUGGCUAAUCGUAUGGGCCCCGUCUACACCGUCCAAAGCAUCCACUCUCACUAGAAGUUGGAAUGCAUCGCCGACACUUUACAUAUGACUCGAAUCGCUUGUUUGACGCCUACCGAGGCGCAACUGUGCCAUUUGAGCAUGAUACUCAAAAGAGCUAAGUAGUUCAGCAGUAUAAUCUUCAUCAGGUGCGACUGAAAGGCCAGAUCUCACCAAUUUUGGUUAACACACGUAGAUAUCCAGAACCAACCUUUCUCCAGUAGAGCAUUAAGGGGCACUUUUUAGACAGGUUGGCGCUAUCUAUACUGUAAGUGAACGAUACAGGAUUUGAGGUGGAAUAAGUAACAUACCUUCGUGUCAAACAAUUGUUUCACUUGAAUUCAGCCUGUGUUUCCUCACAAUGUCUUGGUUUUCAUUUUAAAGGGCCUCUUUCUCUUAUCGUCUGCGUGCGGCCAGGGACAGACGAAAAGCGUAUAAGGCAGCCGGAAAAGGUGACGCUAUUUUGCAUAGCUAAUACUACUAGCUCUCAGGAACAGGAGUUUUUUAUAUUCAUGUGACCUUUUGGAUUUCAUUAUUGCUCAAAUUUGUAUAGUCACAACCUGGUCAGGCUGUUGUGACUUCUCGUCUUCCGGCGCCAUGCACAUGUCCUUCGCUACACGCCCACGAUCCACACUUGAGCACUUCUCACUCUGCAACAGUGAGAGGCGCUGUGAGAAUCAGACUAAGAAGUAGCUAAUACAGCCCGACAUUCAGUCCGCAGGAAGAUCAAGUUUUUCUUCGGAAACAGGCAGAGGCAUACAAAAUUUGCCUUAUUUAAAGAAAAAAGUCACCUUGAAGUAUUAUUUGUAUUGAUUGCAUGGGUGCCUCUGAUUUACAGUGUGUGACCGAUCUCAUGAAAUGCUAGCCGAAAUCCUGAAAUGCGUUUUCUAUUAGAAUGGAUUACUUAGGUGGGGUUGUAAUAUUGAUUGAUAUGCAGCAUAACCCUACAGCAUUUCGGACUCAAAAGAAUGUUGGCUUUUGAAUGCAAUUCUUUUUGAUCCCUCGCGGAAACCGAGCUCGGCAAAAAAUAACUACUUAAAUAGCAUGCAUUUUUCCUAUUGAUUUUCGAUGGUCUUAUAAAUUCAAAUAUAUUUUGUAGAAAACGUGCACGAAAAUACGCUUUCUUUUACUCGUUUGAUAGAAAGUCACAUUGUCUUCAUAUUUUAUACCUGAAAAAGUGUGUAUUUGGGUUUUAAAAAAGUUUCCAAUUCCCGAAUAAUUUUGAGUCUGAUUUGCCAUUGCAUUGACAUUUAGCAAUUUCAGUCUACAAGAUGCAUGCUUUCCGCAUAAGCAAAAUCAUAUAUUCCUAUAUGGCCUGAAGAAGAUACCAUAGAGAGUUCAUAAAAUUUCGCAAUGGAUCCGGAAUGUGUUGUGCAUUUAAUGAGGAGCAUUGGUAAACGGAUAGGUGCGGUCCUGUAUGCAUAGACGUAACACGAUCUUAAAAAUCUCAUAAUUAGGAACUUUUUUAAAACUCUAUCCCGGAUUACUCAUCGUAGAUAGAUUCAGGAGACGGGACAAUGACUCAGCACCCUUGAGGACUGAUAUCGUGUACGGAUGUACGGUUGGCGAGCGUGCCUCCAGUGGGGGGCUCCGAGCCGCCCCCCUCUUCUCUUAUUAAGUGUGAAAUCCUGGUCAGUGUGCUUUUUGGACCAGGGGAUGUAGUGGCACGCCUAGGUGCGGGUUUUCGCCGUGCCUACGCCCUAUCCCGCCUCCGGUCUUCUUGACUUUGCCUUGGCACUGGGUCCAGGUGGGGCAGGAGAGAGUUCGGUAAGAGCUGGGCAAGUCUACUAUCGGUAUAAACUAAUUCACGCUCAAUUACCUGCUCCUGCUCUCGCUCUGCCGUGGAGCACACGGUGAAGAUAGUGAAAGUCGACGGUUGAGCUGUCAGGUGUACUUUCAGAACGGUAGGAUGAAGAGAGAGAGAGAGAGAGAGAGGGAGAGAGAAAAUGCAAUAUCUAUCGAUCGACACCAGAAUGGAGUUUCAUUAGCCAGGCACGGUUAUUACCUCCUAACGAGUAUUGUUGCCUUUUCGACUCUGCUGACGUGACCUAUCGUGCUGGGCAAACUGUGAGUUCUGAGUUGGAGUUAUUUGUUCGCACUACUGAUGCCUAUUUGAGUAGCUGCGUAUAGAGUUAAAUUUUAGUUUCUCCGAUGUAAGCGCCAUCACGAAUCGUUAACAUUCCCAAUCAUAACUGACUGAACAGCGGGCCUGUGGCUCAGUGGUAGACUUGAAAACGUCCAAUGCCGAAAAAAUCUGGAUUCGAAUCCCAGGUUAUCCAAACCUCCUGUUGGGUAUUUUUGUCUGACGUCCGAAAGGUUCAUCUCAGUCUCCCUUACUUUUUCGGUAUUUCCAUUCUGCAAUUAUAGUUAGUGAAAAACUGGUCUAUCUGGAGAAUCAAUGGGAGUGAGUUCAAAUUCUACGGGAACGAAACAACAUUUGUUUUGUACAUUUUCGGAACUGGUUCCACAUCCUGUCGUCAGGCGUACUGAUGAUGUACAAAAUAGUCAGAUUUAAUCCAAGACAAACAUAUGACUUUAUGAUCUGUUAAAGUCGGCGUCUAUACGCACCUAGUGUAUUCCAUCACCCCACUGGGAUUGGUCGCGUUCGUUCCCAUUUAUCCUUGACGUACUUUCAGAGACGUGUAGAUACCCUAACGUUGUUUUGGUGAGGGGAGACUACAAUGGCUGUGGCCGAAACCGGACUGGUGAAUCAUAAGCAAGACAAUUCGCAGAUGAUACGGUCAUUAGCUUCUUGGACCCUGAGGUAGGGAGUCUGAUCGUGCCGGGCGAAACGCGAAUUCUGUGUACUCAGUGUUCAUGUGCAUUCGACUAUCCGCGUUUGGGGUUAAAUUCCCGCUUCUUCGAUAAAAAUGGCAUCACCAAAUGGCAAGUACAUCAGAGAAGACACAAGACACCCAUUUGCUGGUGACGGUGGGUCUUUCGGUUUCAUUACUUGGAAGGUUGUCUCUUCUCUGCAUGCAGUCCCGACUCUCGGAGGUGUGAAACGGUGACUAACGCCCCCUUCAAAGGGCUCUUGACCUAUAGGAGCCCUCUUACGGCCGGUGUCAAUCAAUAACCGAAACAUCCACCCUCCUUCCCCGACUCGGAUUACGCUGUAUUGAGACUCGUCCUGGAGUGUGUAGUUAUGCCUACAAGUUGCGCGAAUGAAGGUCACUUCCAGAAAGGGUAGUGAAAAACAAGAUUGUUGAGUCAUCUGCGGCGUGAGCAUAGCAUUGGCGGAUAAGGAUUGGCCUGCCAAUCAGGACGCAGGCGACUUUGUGAUCACCUCAUUCUGCAAACAAUGGAUCCUCCUGUCUUUAUGCCUCACUAUGUAUCAAUUUAUAAAUCCAAGAUGACAGGUGAAUAGAUCUCUCGCUCCACCGACUGACUCUGAUUCUUCCAAGUCUUUGCCCUGAGACCUGACAGAUGAUUUUUCUUAAAAUGUCAGCCAAGAACCGCAAGACUGAACACGUUCAGGCCAGUAGGUACUGCCGAUAUAGGGCUGGCGUUCGGGUUGAAUCUUUGUUUCUGCUCUGGCGGCAUAUAGCGAGAUGGAAGUUGGAUAAUAAUAAUAAUAAUUUUACACUAUCGAUUUAUGAACUAUGGCAAGAGUCGUGGGAUCAAGCGGAUAUGCCAGCUUGAACCGUCCCUGCCCUCUCCCGUUGAUUGAUGCGUACAUUUAUAUUUUGCCGAUAGAACCUGAUUACUUUCCUGCAUGUACUGGAUUGGAUACGUUUUGUAUCUCCCUGAAUUGACGACAUCACCACAAAUUCAGGAUCGUGUUGCUUGCUGUACAGUUCUGUCAGGAAGAUGGGUUUUCGUUUGCCUUUAGAACGUAUAGUUUGGACAUUUUCGUCUAACAUUGCUAUCGGUUGAAAAUAGCAUCCAUACAUUACUUGGUUACAGUAUUACUGGUCGCUAAACGACUGUCUAUAAGACGACACGUCUCGCAAACUGAUCGGCGAACGCAUUUCCAGCUUCGUUAAUAUUCCCAAACGCAACCGACUGAACAGCGUGCCCAUGGCUCACAGGCAGAGCGUUAGACUUGAAAACGCUCAGUAAAUAAAAAAAUCUGUAUUCCGAUUCCGGGUUAUUCAAACCUCGGGUUUGACGACGGCUAGUAGGCCGGGAAUGUCUCCUUUGUCUUUUGUGGUAUUUCUAUUCUGCAAUUCUAGCUACUGAAAGACGGAUAUCCCAAGAAAUUUAAUGAGAGCGGGGUCACAUAUCCUGGAGAUGAAACAGGGUCUAUUAUGUACAAUUUCGGAACUGAUUCCCUAGCCUCUCGUCGAACGUAUGGUUGAUCUACAAAGCACUCGCAUUUAAAGCGUUUCAAACAAACGAUUUUCUGCUGGUCUGAAGUCUGCGUUCAUACGCCCCUACCGCAUCCCUUUAGCCUGCUGAGAUUGUUUAAGUUCGUCCUCAUUUGUGCUGGUUACCUUUGUUUUUGACAUCCAAAUCGAUACACCUGUUGAUGUCUCCUUCAUCUGGCCGCAUUGCAUCCAGAGUUAUACCGUCUGGUACUAAUUUGGCGGGCGCGACCGUGUGAGGUUUCUUUCGUAAAAUGUGUGUACAGUUACCUAAAAUAGCUGAUCUCAUCUCCUUAUUAGUAUUUGAUGCUUAUAUAUGCGAGUGGAGGUGGAUCUCGUAGGUUGACCGCAAUAACCUGCGUCACAGCUGGCUCAUGAGAUGUUGUGGACAAAGUCUCUUCUGUCUAAGUAACCAUCCAUUUCUUUGUCAUAAAAACUGGGCGCACAAGGUCGCUGUAGGCUUGAACGCUUCACCUAUCUGACUUCGCCUAUCCCAACUGUCUUCUGACGUGAUCACACGUGUUUUUUCUUGUAUGGGAGAGUUUGCCAGACAAAAGCAAAAACGGUGCAGGCUGAAACCCACGCGACUGUUUUGUUGUUUUCCUUCGCUCGGACACAUUUCACGUUGAAUUUCUGGAGUUAGUCGACACGUGAUUUUUGGAUCAGUAUAUUCUGCAGAGUUUCUGACCUCUGGAAGUGGACCCUAUGUGUCUGUCGUCAAGAGACCGUCCUGUGUCGGCUCGUGUGCCCGUGAUAACAAUCUACCCUUGCUCCACCCAGUUGGCCACAUAUUAACUGACGUGUGGUUUUUUACCACUUUAGAGCCUCAUUCUGUUUAUGCAGAAGAAAGAGGCGUGGGAUCACGAAGAAUGCGGACCGGAAGUCGUGGAAUUCAUGCGGAGGACCUCUACGAUACCGCGUGAUCGCGAUCAUAGAGCCAUUUUAGUCGCUCCCACUGAACAGACCUGCACUCAUUGGAUGGACGGAUUUUGCUUCCUCAAGAAGUAUAAUGUAAGUAUGUACGCUGGAUUUGCCCAAUUGGACUGCCUUUCUGGUCAAAACCGCUAAAUAGCGAUACAUUUAAAUCGGUCGUUCCUCAUUGCGCUCUACAGACACUGGGGUUCAAAAGACAGCUAUACAAAUGCUCAGAAUAAGUAGCUUUGAGAAAGGGAAACUUCAUAAAAAGUGAGUACGUAAAAUGGAACUUACCUGAGCAUUUUCUUUUGAAUUUGAUUCAGGAUAUAAAGAGCGUCUAGGCUCAAUAAGAAAAAUAUACUUCACUUACAUAGUGCAGUUUUUCACUGUGACUUAUAAAAGUUGGCUCAGUUGAGGACCAGCAAGUUGCCAUGUGAGAAUUACGGUGGGUUAUUUCAUUAUUUUAGCGGGGAAAUAUUGUCAAUCGGAAAGUUCGUAAACAGAGUCUAUGUAAUUUUUCAUGGGUCUUCACACCAUGUCCGAUCAGCCUCUUAAGUAUCACAAAUGCUUGUGGAGAGGGAUCAAUCAGCUCCCUGAUCUUAAAAUAAGAAUGUUCUUUUAUAACCUCGUUUUGAAGUCAUCUUUCUCCCUUUACCUUAUUAAGAAUGAUCCAUGGAUAUCUGUUUAUGAUGACAGGACCUGGCGAACUAGCUUUGUAAUAUUUUAGGGUUUUUAAUAAGUUAAACAUGGAAAAUUCGCCUUCUUGAGGAAUCUAUUCAAUAAGAAUGUUCGGUUGAAGUUGACCUUCUCUUGACAAGGUAACAUGCGGAAAAAACCUUUUUUCACACAAAUCUGGUGUCGUUGGAGUCUUAGCAGAUGGAACAGGUUCAGGAAGGAACUUUGGUGGUCACUGAAGGGACUUGAUUGCAGAUUUCUCAACCAUAUUGCAAAUCUCCCCGUUUACUGAGAAAAAAGACACCGCAGGGUUAGGCUACUCGAAGUGAGCUGCUCCUUGGUUUGCGAAGUUCUGACGAUUGUGGUUGGAGAGUUGGCCAUUGAUAGUGGCAGAACCGGUCCUGGAGAUGGUGUCAGUUGUGUGGGAGGGGACCAUGAAACGUCCAAGCAGGAUGAUCUGGUCCCAUCAUGUGCGUUCAGAGUGUUAGAAGGUGGGGCUGAUUUGGUCGAUGCGGUCAAAGUCCAUUGGGAUGCAGCCGAAGUUACUCUUGUCAUCUUCCCUUCAGCUACUGUUUUAGAUACAGUAGUAUCACACAGUGUCGGUGUCGGCUCCGAAAGUGGGCUGGCAGUAGGGGUUAAUUUGGGAGGGUGCUAGACGUUGACAGUGCUGCUCCUCGGCAUUACUGGCAACUCUCCUUAGCAUCUUCUAUAGAAGUAUCUUCGAAGGAUACAGGUCCAUUUUCGACUGGAGUUGACCCCACCUGCCAGUCCUGCGGUAGUUUUCCCCCACCAACAAAGCUUUUAAGAUUUCCUUGUUUCACUGAUUCAGAAGGCCCUCACCUGACAGCCGCGCACAGUAACCAUUCUAGGAUAAAAUCCGGCGCAUCUUAGUUGACAAGACAGAACACAGACAGCCGAGAUUUGUUUCUGGCAUUUCACCCUUCGAAGACAACUACAGCAGGUGGUCUUAUUCAUGAAAUGUCGGCCGAAAUUUCGAAAUUCGUUCCCGUUUCGAAAAGAUUAAUUAGGUAGGGUUGUAAAUCUAAUCAUCAUGCAGCAUAAUUCUAUAAUAAUCCAGUUACCACAGGGUGUAGGCUUUUGAACGACUGCAUGCAGGAACUAUACUCUGCAUAAAUGACUGCUUAAGUAGCAUGCAAUUUUCUCACUGAUUUUCGAUGCCCUUAAAAUUUCAUCAUAUUUCGUGGAAAAAUGCAUAUAUAUAUAUUCAUUCUUUUGCUCAUUCGGUGGAAAAUUACCUCUUCUUCCAAUUUUAUACUCGAAGGGAAGGUAUGAUUCGGUUUUCAAAAACGUUUCCAAUUCCCGAAUAAUUUUGAACCCGACCUACGUUACACUUGCAUUCAGGAUUUCAAAACUACAAGCCGUAUAUUUUCUGUGUAUGGAAAACCAUACAUUUGUCUGCGAUAUUUAGAGAAGACCAUGUGGAGUUCAUAAAAUUUAACAGUGGAUUUGAUCUCUAUUGUUAACUUUACAAGGCACACUAGUAAAUGCAGAGACAUGACAUCUUAUGAAUGGCCAUUUCACGGAAUUAAAAAAUCGCACAAUUAGGCACUUUUUAAAACCAAAUUAAACACUUCCUUUGAGUAUAGAAUUGGAAAAUGACGUCAUUUUUUACCGAAUGAGCAAAUUAAUGAAUAUUUAUAUGCAUGUUUUCCAUGAAAUAUAAUGGCAUUUUUAGGGGCAUCGAAAAUCAAUGAGAAAAUGGCAUGCUACUUAAGUAGUCAUUUUUUGCAGAGUACAGUUCUUGCAUGCAGUCGGAAAGACGUUUAUUCUAAAGCCUACACCCUGUGGUAACUGGACUAUUAUAGAAUUAUGCAGCAAAAUUAUUAGUUUUACGAUCCUACUUAAUUAAUCAUUUCGAAACGGGAAUGCAUUUCGAAAUUUCGACUGACAUUUCAUGAGUUAGCCCACCUACUGUAAGAUAACAAUGCUUUGGCUUCCUUGGUUGGCAGUGGUAGUGUGCCUGGGAUUCUGCGCCACAGCGUAUCGCAAUCAGCGCGCCACGGUUGAUCCUUAAUGGGCAUCGUGGUCUGUCAAAGACUUGGCUAGCUUUGCAUCUGUAGUCUGAGGUUUCGACACCAACUGUACUGCCAAAUCAGAAUAACUGUUCCACAGUAUCGAGGCAAUGACCAUCGUCCGGGAUCGGUGCUUCAACGUAUUCUACAGCUAUUAUUUGUUGAUCGUGCUCAUUGUUUUACUCGCGUUGAUGGUUUGGCCAAAGUGUACGGGCCUGGAGCCCAGAGGAUUUGUACUCCUCUGCAUGUCUACAUUUUGCAAUGUUGACCGGAUUUUCAGCAAAGAAUGGAAGGGCGAAAAGUAUUGUAGUGUGCAUUCUUUAAAUACUGAAGAUCUUCACGUAGGCUCAAUAAUUAUUCAUCGAUCCCGGUGCAGCAUCGCGCAUAAUCUCGGCCGACGUGAGGCUGAAAAGUGUUUGAAUUGGCAGGUAACCUUGACUCAUCACCUUCGUCACUGCAAGGGCAGCCGCGGUCGACUCGCAAUCGGUAAUGUGUGUUCGGGUGCAAUCGGGAAAUUAAAUUUUCAUGUGCGCCGUGCUGUUUCUAAAAUUCCAAACGUCCUCACUAUCCUCCAGAAUCUAUUUCGAUUUUCAGUGCCAAGGGUAACUGUCAGAGACUAGCAAAGCUGAUAAAAUUAUCUUUUCUUGAACUUUAUCCUGCGGUUGACGAGUGGUCAAAGUUAAGCCGCAGUGUUUCAGGGAACUCCAGCGGAUCUACGCUAGAAGUGCCUGCUCCAUUUUGAGCUAUGCGCGGAGACCUUUCUCAGAGCGGCUGAACAGAAGGAGUAUUUUAUCUUUACCGCAAACUCCUCGAAUUCCUUUCCGCCUGUAGGGGUAAAUUCAACGUCACGUUUCAAUGAGUCCACGUGUUCUGAAAGGGAAGAAUACGUGUUCCCAGCAUUUAAGAACCAAUUCAUCCCUAGGUCACGCUGAAAAUCCCGUUUAUGCCCGCAGAAAUCCAACUUGACAGUGGCUGGACUGCCAUGUCAGUCUCCUGCAUCUUUGGUCGACGGUUACUCUGAGCAGAGAAAGUUUGUUGGUAACAUUCGGGAGAUGGCACCCAAAUAUCCGUUGCCUAGGGAUAAUACCUACUAUAUCUAUUUGAAUAGGUACCGACCCUACAUGUUUGUCGUUUCAUCCGACCUCCGUUUCAUCUGACCUGCAGUCCGCAUGCUGCCUGACUUACACUGUCAUUUCGUUAGAGCUGGACAGGAUGAGCAGCUCUGACCAGUUUUGAACCUUGGGUCUUCAUGAUGGCCGCGUUGAAAUUCUUCCUUUUAGUCCGGCCAAUGUUUCAUUGGAACUACUCUGCUUUGAAACUCAGCUAAGUUGUUUGUGUUCCUGGCAGCUUCUGUUGCGGUCACAUACAUAAUUUGUGGAAAUUAAUUUUAUUCGAAACACUCCCGUCCUUCUAACAGACUGACAUGGGGAAACAGCUGUUGUAUUUCCGCCUCCUUGUCAUUGGACCGACGUCAAUAUCUUUGACACAACCUGCCUUAGUGGCAUUAAAUAUCUUCAGACUUCAGGAUGUGGAUACCGCAAGUGGUUUCCCAUAGUAUUAAUUGCCUAGGCCGACCUCGAAUGAGCUAUGCUCAGUCUCCAUGGAGCCUACUAUCUAUGAGGACUUCGUCGUUCCUCCCGGAAUUUUACUUUCGUCUUUACCAUCAAGAUCUCCUAACGAUCUCGUCUCCUCAUCAUCACAGGAUUUACUAAUUUUCAGGUAUGCAAACGUACGUACAUCGAUGUUGUCUUCUUGUCGAAAAGGAAACGAUUGUGCUCGUUAAACGGCCCCAACGAAAGACUUCCACUCUUUCAUACUGGUGGUUAUUCCGCAAGAACCUGGCGCUCGGCUUUGGAUGGUGUGUUCUGUGCGAACUUCUGCGCCGAAUUCUCGGCUAACAACAAUUUCGUCCGUUUUCGACACGGACACGAAGACUUCGUGUGUAUCCGCGUACAAUUUGCUGCCCAAAAUAUCGCCAUCUGUCGCAAAAUAGGCUUCUUAGUUCCAAUGAAUGAGUUACUUGAUAAUAUCAAGCAUGCAAGAGGGUAAUCUCUUGACGACAUCCGUUCAAUUCUUCCGUUCAAGGCGAAUGUGCACAACGCUCCACCAAUGUUCAAAUUCUCUAGACCGGAGACGUUAGCGUCGUCGACAAAAUCAUUGCUCUACCUAGCAGAUGCCCCAUUAACGAUGGUCACCCUAAUUCCUAGGUGAUAAGCUCCUGAUUUACUUGAAGGAUUACGAACAUUCAGAGUUUCAGAAGUCAAUGAAGUCAAUUUAGCGGGAAGCUGAUGGAGACGAAUGUUCUUGUCAUUCAGAUUGUUUUGAUCGAAUAUGUGAUUUCCAACAGUUACGCCCAGCCUUUUCUACACUAAUCUCGUAUGAGGAGAUAGGCAGUUCAAAUAGAAGCGAAGAGACGAGUCCCAGGAAGUAGUCUUGCAGUCCCUUAUGCGUGAAUCGCCCGUAUCUGCUGUUGCCUCUGAUGACGGGUUCAAGCAGAAAUCCGAAACGUCAGGCUACUAAAGCUCUUGUCCCAGCUAUCGUGUCUCCUUCUUCAAGAUAGGCAGUUCUUUUGUAGGUAGGGCUGUUUAAAAGUCCAGACGGCCGACGAAUGUCACCGUGGCCGACAAGUUUUAGGGGAAAAAUAAACAAUCCGAAUUAGUCUAAGCCGCAUUUGGGGUGCGUAUUCUUCUCCCCGCUGAACUUGGACACUUGAGAGUGAGGAGGAGGAGGCUGGUGUUGAGAGUUAGUGAGAGUGAAUGACGAAGGUGACCAGCAGAGCCCCAGGCUCAAUCUAUCGUCAUGGCGAGGCUGUCAUGGUUGCAGAUGAAGUGAAGAUACUUGACUCACAUACAAAUAUACAUGAAACAGUCAAGACAGUUUUCGUGACAGACUAGUGGACUCAGGGAACUCACACAACCACAAAAAGUGGACGACCAGAUCGGUUGUAGCAACCUGCAUUUCCUCCGUAUGAAGGAUCGUAAUAAAAACUUUUGAUUAGAGCUCGUAGAGUUAGCUUUUAAAAAUUACGACGACAUUUCGACCGUCGAGGCCGACGAUGUCCGCCGUGUGAUCCGUAGCAAGGUGAAGCGGCACGAUAAAUUGUGCGUGAGCUAGUACGUAGUAGUAGUGGACUUGCACUGCGUCUACCGCACUCCCUCCUCUUCUCCCCUGGGCCCGGUGUCAGGACAGAGUCAAGAAGACCGGAGGCAGGGGAGGGUGCCACUGGAUGGCGCAGUCGAGCCCGCAUAUUGGUGCUCCACUCCACAACCCCUUGUCCCCAACAAAUGCUUGACCGGGAUUUUAACCAACAACAAAAAUGGGUGGGCGGUAGGUGUCCCAAUGUGUGCGAUGUCUGCCGGCAACUGGGUCUGCCACUACACCCCGAAAUGUUCACGUUUGUUAUGAUGCACAUUCCGAUAACGCCUGUCAGGGUCCGAUGUGGCCCCGCGUUAAUCUAGCGCAUUUACCGCGCGGUCAUUUGAGGAGCGCUGGCCUUGAAAUAGUACUGCGCUGACAAUACGAAAGGUCCGUUCAGCAGCGUAUUCGAAUGUAACGGAAGCCGCCAACCUCCAGUUUUUCACGUAUUUUCGACUGAGCAUUUGACUCAAAAGCUAAAACAUUAUCAUCUGCUAGUUCAGCUGCAGUUUCUGGCCUAAGUCAGAACUUAUGAGCGUUGGAACGAAGAAAGGUAGUGUGGUUACUAUCGGAUCCGCAAACUUUCGAGCUUAAAGGACAAACAAGAUUGUUAGAAGUUAUGGCCUGAGGAUGGGGAAGGACUUCAAAGCGUAUUUAUUCCUUAUGUUUAUUUGGUAGGGAUAGUAGGCAAUGCUUUUGAAAACUACUGUAUAAAUUCCAUUAAGUUAGAUAUGACUGUGCACGCGCGAUGAAAACAGCCACAACUAAAACAGUACUCACAUGAUUUAAGUAGUACCAGUUUAAGAACAAACUUUCAGAGUUUCAUGAGGUAUUUAACUCGGGUUCAAACUGCCGAGGGAAAGCAGGGAACACACAUAAUCAACCGGAGUCCUGUCCGUCACGAGGAGAAGCCCCAUCGAAAUUUGGUAUAACUGGUUCCUACAAAGCUGAUCCAGCGAUCUUAACUGAUUAAUUCCUCAGUCCACCUAGUUGCAGGGCACAUAAAAUGCGGCCUGAAUUUAAUCGACUUUCUGUGUUCUUUCUACCUGACUGCUUCUCCUCCCCUUCUCAGCGCGAGAGCGAAUGCUUUGCGGAGGACUUAAAUAACCUGGUUGAGCUGGAAUUACGGAUGCGCCUUCUGGGUCUGGACUGGUCACUUGUGCCCGAAACCCCCAUUCCACCUCCGCCCACCUAUCCUGACACCUCGACUCUACCCUUUUGA